AUGGCUCGAGCUCGUCCUGAUCCGAUAAUUAUCGAGCCGAGCGUGGCGAUAACGUCCCCCGAACAGGCUUCCGCUGUUAUUUUCCUUCACGGCCUGGCAGACGACGGCGAAUCAUUCCGAGAUCUCGUCAAUCAGUACCAAAACGCGAACAAGCUUCCACAUACACUCUGGGUUUUGCCCACUGCCGCCGAGAACAGAGAUGCCAUGGCACGCGCGUGGUACGGGCCCUCCAAACUCACACAGCGCCCCACCCCACGCCCUGAGCUUGAAGACGAGGAAGAUUACGAGGGCAUCAUGGAGAGCUGCCGCUACAUCAUCUCCAUCGUAAAAGACAUAAAUGCCAGAAAUAUCCCCACGAACCGCAUCGCUUUCGGUGGAUUCAGCCAGGGAUGCGCCUUGUCGCUGGUACUUGGCCUCGCGUCCGAGUAUGCCGGCCGCUUUGCGGGCAUCUUCGGCUUGAUGGGCUACUUGCCGCUGGAGCAGCAGCUCGAGAGCAUCAGAAACAAACAUGCACCCGAGGCUAGUCUUGUGGACCAGCCAGUCCUCAUUGCGCGGGGAAUGCAAGACGCGUUGGUACCGUCUCGGUACUUCAAGUCGUGUUUCGCGGCGUUGCAGGCGCGCCAGAUCCGCAAGAUUGACAUGCACGAGUACAGCAUAGGACACACACUUUCCGGGCAGACGCUGGCAGAUCUUUGCAUUUUUUUGGAAGAGCGAUGUGGGUUUUGA